CAGUGGUGGUCAGUCAGUGGUCCGCAGCAGACGGUGCAGCAGCUGCACUGAUGUAGGGCUGGCACUGGCUGGCACUGGGGUGGCAGCAGAUCAUGAGUGACAGGAGGAGAUCCACAGUCACCCUCAGUUCCAGAGCUCAUGCCUUCUCUGUGGAGGCUCUGAUCGGGGGGCACAAGAAGAGAAAGCUGCGGGACUGGCACCACCAGAAAGAGCUGGAUCUGUCUAUGGACGGCCUGAGCCCACCGGAGGAGCUGGACGAGGCAGAAGACACGGGGGCAUGUCUGGACCUCAACCCUGAUUCGGAGCACAGCACCGGCUCGGACACCGAGGUCCUGGCGGAGAGGACUUCCUGCUCCUAUGAAUCCUGCCCGGACCUGGCUCCUCCCCCUCGGGUCCCCGACCCCCAGACCCUGUCUGUGUCCUCCAUGGAUGAGAUCCAGGUGGAGCUGCAGUGCGCCGACCUCUGGAAGAGAUUCCACGACAUCGGCACCGAGAUGAUCAUCACCAAAGCCGGCAGGAGAAUGUUCCCAGCCAUGCGGGUGAAGAUCUCCGGCUUGGACCCCCACCAGCAGUAUUACAUUGCGAUGGACAUUGUGCCCGUGGACAACAAAAGAUACAGGUACGUCUAUCACAGCUCUAAGUGGAUGGUGGCCGGGAACGCCGACUCGCCCGUCCCCCCCCGGGUUUACAUCCACCCGGACUCCUUGGCCUCGGGGGACACCUGGAUGAGGCAGGUGGUCAGCUUCGAUAAACUCAAACUCACCAACAACGAGCUGGACGAUCAGGGACAUAUAAUCCUGCACUCCAUGCACAAGUAUCAGCCCCGAGUCCACGUCAUCCGCAAAGACUUCAGCAGCGAGCUGUCGCCCACCAAGACCGUUCCGACCGGAGAAGGAGUGAAGACCUUCAGCUUUCCCGAAACUGUGUUCACGACAGUGACGGCCUACCAGAACCAACAGAUCACAAGGCUGAAGAUUGACAGGAACCCCUUCGCCAAAGGAUUUCGGGACUCGGGAAGGAACCGCACGGGCCUGGAGGCCAUCAUGGAGACGUACGCAUUCUGGAGGCCACCCGUCCGCACUCUUACCUUUGAAGAUUUUACGACCAUGCAGAAGCAGCAAGGUGGCAGCACCGGGACGUCUCCUACCACAUCGAGCACCGGCACUCCAUCUCCAUCUGCAUCGUCUCACCUGCUCUCCCCAUCUUGUUCUCCUCCGACUUUCCACCUGACGCCCAACUCUUUCAACGUCGGCUGCCGAGAGAACCAGCUCUGCAACCUCAAUCUGUCCGAAUACCCAGCCUGCGCUCGGAGCAACAUGGCCGCCCUCCAGAGCUACCCAGGCCUGAGUGAGAGCGGAUACAACAGGCUCCAAGGUGGCAACUCCACCGUUAGCCAACCGACGGAGACCUUUAUGCCCCAGCGGACUUCAUCUCUAAUCUCCGGCAUGCCCACUCCGUCCUCUUUGCCAAGCAACAGCAAGAUGGAUGCUUACAGCGGACAGCUGGGCACUUACCCCACCUCUCAGUUUCAGUACAUGAUGCAGGCGGGGAACCCUUCCUCCGGCUCGUCAUCUUCGCACAUGUUCGGGAGUGGCCACAUGCAGCAAGGCUCCUACAAUGCCUUCUCCAUCCACAAUCCUUACAACCUUUACGGAUACAACUUCCCAGCCUCUCCCCGGCUAGCCACGAGCCCCGAGAAACUGACCGCGCCCCAAGGCACUUUACUCUGCUCCUCACCAUCCAACGUUGCCUUUGGAGACAGGCAGUACCUGUCCUCUGGCAUGGAUGCCAUGCACAUGAUUGGCGGCCCUUCGGGCAACCAGCAGGCUACGAACGCCUGCGACAGCAGACAAUACGGAGGUGUUCCUGGGUCUUCCUCACAAAUGUCAGUACACAUGGUUUGAAGGACCUUUGGAUCUUCAUGGGUGGACUGUAGAAACCACAGUGCCUUUUUUUUUAAGGGGCUGCCGUUGGCAUGGAGGCCACAUCUCUGGCCGGCAACGCCUCUACCAUAGUGGAUAUACAAUGCAAUUAUUACGGAUGCGGCUUGCAGCAAUGUUAUCUUGCCACUUUGUUUUUGUUUUUUUUUCCUUGAGAUCUUCUUCAAGAAGCUUUGGACUUUUUCGUCAUUAAACAUUUUAUUAUGUAUGA